AUGUAUGAGCCCCAGCUCUUCCUUUAUGGCGUAUGCUUCGUCACUGUACUCCUCGCAGUUUCUCAGUUCGGGAAAUCAUUCCUUGAUAAGAGCAUCGAUUAUUUCAAGCUAUCUGGGGUUCCGCCUCCAAAACCUUUACUUGAUUUCAACGUCGAUAAGGCCCAAGCCCGUCCAUAUCGUCCUUUCAGAUGGUCGUACCACCAGACAAUGUCUCUGAAGAAAAUGGAACCAGAUUAUUGGCUCGAGUUGGAAUCGACCUACAAAGAGCGUAUUGCACAACGAAAGGUGCUUCACGCAAAACACGGGAAAAUGAUCAUAGACGCCCUUCCGGGUAGUGAGCUCGCCUGUAGAGAGCUCAUGGAAAUGGCUAUCCAGUUCCUUUGCGUGCGUUAUCCGAAGCAAUUCAAUUUUGACGGGCGUGUUCUGUACAACCGUAUAUUGGAUACUCAGUCUAAUGUGGACGAAGAAGACCCGCUGGUUGUUCUCAAUAACAAUGUACCGGAGGACUUCCUGUUAACGCUCCCGGAUCCAAAGACUGGCCUGUAUACGAUGGUGGCGGGAGUGUGCUGUUCCUCAAUUGGGUGGAAUGUUGCGACGAAGAUCGGUAAACCGUUGAAGGAAAUACAUGACGUCGUACCAGACUACAAGGAGAAGAUGGAGUUUUCCAUGGACAGGUACUUUUCCAAGAUGCCCUCAGAUAAACCGAUACAACGAGGUUCUUGGGGCUUGGAAAUAGGUCAACCACUUUGGCUACAGGACGGUGAUCCCCAUUUUGCUGUUCGUACAACGCAGGAUCCCAACUUGAAGAUUGAGGAUAUCUAUCUUCGUGUAGACUGGCAGACACUUCGAAGGUUACCGCGGUCAAGAUCUAUCGUGUUCAAUUUCAAGGCGUUGUUCACACCAUUCUCCAGCUUUCGAAACGAGCCGUACAUCCCUCACCUCGUGUUAAAGGUGCUCACAGAAGGGAAGAAGAACCUUAUGGACUACAAGGGGACUUGGCAUAUCGAGCAUAAGGUUAUCCCUGCCUUGGAAGAGUGGUGCAAGGAGCAGGAGGAAAAGGGUUGGGUGCCAGAGAAAUGGGAAGUCAGAACCUUAGACGAGGAUCCCUAUUACCCUGGUUGGAAAAAAACCCUGUAA